AUGCCCUCCUACGCCAUCCUAGGCGCCACAGGCCAAAUAGGCGGCAACAUCCUCACCGUCCUCCUCGCCAAACAACCCCCCGUCGAAAUCCACUGCUUCGUGCGCACCAAAGCCAAACUCCUCAAAGCACACCCAGACCUCGCCUCAGCCUCCAACGUCACAAUCUACGAAGCAGGGCUAGACGACACCGCCGCUCUCGCGCAGUGCAUCAAAGACACCCGCGCCGUCUUCCUGACCGCCGCCGCGUCGGAGAAUGUACCCGGGUGCGAGGUAGCGCAGCAGCAGACGCGAGCCAUCAUCGCGGCGCUGAAGAAUUUGCUUCCCUCUUCGCAAGCGAAUGAAAAAGCCCCUGCCAUCCCUAAACUCGUCGUCAUCAGCUCCGCCUCCGUCACUCCGCGCCUCUUCGGCGCCAGCGCGCCCUGGAUCAUGCAGCGCAUGGUGCACCUCGCGUUCUAUCACAUCUACACCGACCUGGAGAAAGCAGAGGCCGUGAUGCGCGCCGAGAGCCACUGGAUUCCGCAGGUGUACGUCAAGCCCGGCGGGCUGACGCACGAUGCGGCGCAUGGACAUGUGCUCGCUUCGGAGCUCAAACCGGGGUUUCUGAGCUUUGUUGAUUUGGCGGGGGCGAUGGUGGAGGUUGCUGGGGAUGAUGGUGGGGUGGAAGGUGUGGAGGGGAAAUGGAGGUGGGAUGGAGUGGAUGUUACGGUGAAUCCGGCGAGGGAGGGCACGAGGGUGGAGCCUUGGUUGCCGUAUAUUGUGCCCAAAGGACUGCUGUGGACUUUUGCGCCGUGGCUGUACCCUUAUCUGGGGUCUUGGUUGCCUUGA